CAUUCCGAUUUCUUCAUCUGUCGCCCUCUGCGCUAUUCCUCCUGUAUGGUGGACAUUCUUCUCCAUUCUUCUUUCUUGGGUGAUAUGGGGGAUCAUUCCAAAAAGAAGCCCGGAAUCGCUAUGUGUGUCGGCUGUGGAAGUCAGAUCCAUGACCAGUACAUCCUGAGAGUCUCCCCGGACCUGGAGUGGCAUGCAGCCUGCCUGAAGUGCGCGGAAUGCAGCCAGUACCUGGAUGAGACGUGCACUUGCUUCGUCCGGGAUGGCAAGACCUACUGCAAACGAGAUUACGUAAGGCUGUUCGGGAUAAAGUGUGCAAAGUGCAACCUCGGCUUUUGCAGCAGUGAUCUCGUCAUGAGAGCCCGGGAUAAUGUUUAUCACAUGGAGUGCUUCAGAUGUUCCGUGUGUAGCCGGCAUCUCCUCCCCGGAGACGAGUUCUCUUUGCGGGACGAGGAGCUCCUGUGCCGGGCCGAUCAUGGCUUACUCAUGGAGCGCAGCGCCGCGGGCAGCCCCAUCAGCCCCGGAAAUAUAAACUCUGGCAGAUCGCUACACAUGACAGAUCCCGUACCGGUGCGACAAGCUCCACACCGAAACCACGUCCACAAACAGUCGGAGAAAACCACUCGAGUACGGACAGUGCUGAACGAGAAGCAGCUCCACACACUCCGGACCUGCUACAACGCCAACCCGCGGCCGGACGCGCUAAUGAAGGAACAGCUGGUUGAGAUGACGGGCCUGAGUCCGCGGGUAAUACGCGUCUGGUUCCAGAACAAGCGCUGUAAAGACAAGAAGAAGGCGAAUCUCAUGAAGCAGCUCCAGCAGCAGCACCACAGCGAUAAAACCAAUCUGCAGGGUCUAACAGGUACGCCUCUGGUGGCUGGCAGCCCCAUCAGACACGACAACACUGUACAAGGGAAUCCAGUCGAAGUGCAAACCUAUCAGCCACCGUGGAAAGCCUUAAGCGAGUUUGCCUUACAAAGUGACCUGGACCAGCCCGCCUUCCAACAGCUGGUGUCCUUUUCAGAGUCAGGUUCCUUGGGCAAUUCGUCAGGCAGCGAUGUGACUUCCCUGUCGUCGCAGUUACCGGACACUCCAAACAGCAUGGUCCCGAGCCCCGUGGAGACGUGAGAGCGGGCCAUCACCGGUGGCCUCCGUCCCAGCAUGCCCCCGCGCGCCCUGCAUGAGAACAGAUGACCUCACAACCUCGACAAAGAAAAAGGAUUAAUAAAGUGACAGCAACACGAUGGAUGGAUCUUUAUUGUGAAGAUACGGUUUGCCAAAAAAAUCUACGGAGGGACUUGCCCGGGCAGAUUCAAAUUUCCUAACCUGUGGCGUUACACCUGAAAUGAUUUCCAUGGAUCUCAUCAAAGCAAGAAGACACCCCGAGGAAUACAAAAUAUAUUUUGUUUUGGGUUAUGGACAAGACUUCUUCUUUUACUCUGUUUUAACAGUAUUCAGUAAUGGCCAUCAUUGUAUAAAUUUAUCAUCACGUGAAAAUUAUUUCCUAGUUCGUUGAGGCAGGAGAGACACAUAUUUGUCCUUUGCGCAUGACCUCCGCAGAUGCUGUAAAACUGACUCUUGUAAUAUAUUUUAUCUUAACGGAUGGAAGACUGAUUGUUUGAACUUCUCAAGAAAAAGUAAGUUAUUGUUAUUUAUUGUCAGGACGUCCGUCCGUACCAGAAUUACGAAAUGGAACUUAAUAAACCAUGUUAAGUGCUGUUUAUGUCUGGAGAACUCUGCAUGACCAAACAUAUGGACAUCUUUAUUCAGAAGAUAUGACAUUCAUUUAUAUGGACAGACUCUUGUUU